GGCCGGGCAGCUGUCUCUUUAAAUGUGAUUUCCUUCUAUUGUAUUUGAAUCGUGAUCAGGAAAAAGGAAAUGAAACCAGAGACAGAGGGAAGCUGAGCGAAAAUAGACCUUCCCCGGCAAGGAGGGAGCCCGGGGGGCGACGCACUGCCCCCUCCCCGCCCGCAGCCCGCCGCCCCCUCCCUGCCCUCCGCGGCGAGCUGCGCGCUGCGACCCGGGCGGAAGGGAGCGCGGUGACUGUCCUUGAGCGCGGAGGGGCGAGCUCGCCGCCGGAGCUCCGGAGCCAGAAGAGGCGUAAGAGCGGAGGCAGCGGCGGCGCCCGAGCACCCGACGGGGUCCGAGCCCAGGCAGCUGGCCAGCCCCGCACCACAAAGGGAGCGCCUCCGCCACCCGGCACGCCACCUCCCUCCCCAAUGUCCUCGGCCAUCGAGAGGAAGAGCCUGGACCCGUCUGAGGAGCCAGUGGACGAGGUGCUGCAGAUCCCCCCGUCCCUGCUGACAUGCGGGGGCUGCCAGCAGAAUAUCGGGGACCGCUACUUCCUGAAGGCCAUCGACCAGUACUGGCACGAGGAUUGCCUCAGCUGCGACCUGUGUGGGUGCCGGCUGGGAGAGGUCGGGCGGCGCCUCUACUACAAGCUGGGCCGCAAGCUCUGCCGGAGAGACUAUCUCAGGCUUUUUGGCCAAGACGGUCUCUGUGCAUCCUGUGACAAGCGGAUCCGUGCCUAUGAGAUGACCAUGAGGGUGAAAGACAAAGUUUAUCACCUGGAGUGUUUCAAAUGUGCUGCCUGUCAGAAGCAUUUUUGUGUGGGUGACAGAUACCUCCUCAUCAACUCCGACAUAGUGUGCGAACAGGACAUCUAUGAGUGGACUAAGAUCAAUGGAAUGAUAUAGGCCAGAGUCCCCCAGCAUCCUUGGGGAGAUGUUUCAUUGAAGAAACUGUCUCCAUGGCGUCUUCACUCUUAGGCACUUUGGGAAGUUGAGUUUGGGGAAUGGUAGACACUGGGCACUAAGACAUAGCAUCCAAGAGAUAUAUAAUGCAAGGGAGGAGAUUUAUAAGUGACUAAAGGACUAGCCCUUAGGGAGAAUUUAUGGCUAUAGCUUGUCCAUAAUAACUGACAAGUUUAGAAAAGGAAGGGAACAUUUGGGGGGUGGGCAGGCUCUGUGCCAUCAUGAUGCAAUUUCACAUCUACAAAUAAGUUGUAGAAAGACUUGUUAUGACUUUGACUCUUGCAAACUAGAGACGUGCAAUUGAUUUCUUCUCUAACUGGCUUUUAUAACUAUCCUGUUCCAAUUACUGUCCUCCACAUAUGAAAGGACAGAGAGGAGACUGGCCACCUUUUUCUUCUUGGCCACCUUCCUAAGGCCUUAAGCUUUGGAUCCAAGGGAAACUGCAUGGGGACAUGUUUCAAUUGAGAAUGGAAACCACAACUUUUAACCAAAUAAUUAUUUAAAGCAAUGUUGAUGAAUCACUGUUUUUAGACCCCUUAGUUUUGAGGUGAGGAGUUCCACAGAUUGUUUCUAUACAAAUGUAAAUCUAAAAAAAAAAACAUCAUUCAACUAUUUUAUUAUCUUAGAUUAUAUCAAAGUAUUUGUUGUGUGUAGUGAAAAAAAAAAGACCCUGCAAACAAUAAAAAUUAUAGACUAAGCGGUUUAUUUGAUAAUGACUUACAAUUUGGAACGGCAGGAAAAUGGUCUGCUUUUUCUAUUGUAAAGGGGGAAGUAAACAAAUAAUUUCCUUUUGGGUCAAAUACAAAGUUCUGUUUAUUGCUGGGGUUUAUAGGAGGCAGUCAUAUUUCUAUAGUACUAACAAUUACAUAACAAGUCAUCACUUAGCUCAGAGGGAUGUAGAAUAAUUGAAUUGAUAUUAUAAAAUGUGCGUUUCACUCCAGCCUUCUGCAGAAGGACUGAAAGGCUAGACCAUUGCCUUUGGGAAACCUGUAACCUAGAAAGGACACAAAUACAUAUAACAGGUUCCCUUUGGGAGAGGAGGUAAUUACCUAGUUUGAAAUGUGGCAAAGAUGCUGAGCUUGACGCUUCGAUUUUCUAAGACGUGCGUCUCGGGUAUUUUAUGACAAGUGGUUAAGAAGACCUUACUUUGAGGAUUUAAAGCAGCCCCUUACUCCGUGCGUUGGCCUUUCACCCCAUCUUGGCUCUGGCCACGAACUGACUCAGAACACCACCUGCUGGCCAUCAGCUUUCAGCUCGCUAGUCCAAGAAUGUCCCAGUGCGGGACAAACCGAGAUGAAGGAUACAGUUUUCAAUUGUUUCAUAAAAAUAUUGCCAAAAAGCAA